CAAAAUCACGUGACAGCUCCUUUGGCGUUUGAUUUUUUUUCGGAAGUUGUAGUGCUGGUGCUGCAACUGCGGGUUAAACGGAACAGAGUGAAGUAUUAGAUUUACCGUAAUCCCAUGCAACGCUAAUUAGAGAUUAGUGCUGUGGACAGAAGCGGACGUGUGUGUGUGUGUGUGUGUGCGCAGCUGAAGAGUUGUCGUCUUUAUUUUGGUGAAGCGAUGAUGAAUGCGUUAAUAAUUCCGCUGUAUCUGUGGUGUGUGUGUGGACUGUAUGUGCAUUGUCGAUCUCCUCCUAACGUGGUAUUUAUACUGGCUGAUGAUAUGGGCUUUCAUGAUGUGGGUUAUCACGGAUCUGAGAUUAAAACCCCUGUACUGGACCGUCUCAGCGCUGCAGGCGUCCGACUGGAGAACUACUAUGUCCAACCACUGUGUACUCCAUCCAGGAACCAGCUACUGACAGGAAGAUACCAAAUCCACACUGGUAUGCAACAUCAAAUUAUAUGGCCGUGUCAGCCAUACUGUGUUCCCCUAGAUGAGAAGCUGCUGCCAGAACUGAUGGUGGAGGCUGGUUACUCCACCCACAUGGUGGGCAAGUGGCACCUGGGCAUGUACCGGAGGGAGUGUCUGCCCACCCGCAGAGGCUUCCAGUCCUACUUUGGUUAUUUGACAGGAUCAGAGGAUUAUUACACUCAUGAGCGCUGUAGCUUCAUCACACCACUGAAUGUCACACGCUGUGCUCUGGACCUUCGGGACGGCGAGGAAACAGCACAGACGUACAACAAACUGUAUUCUACUGAACUCUUCACACACCGAGCAGUCAACAUCAUACUCAAGCACAACACACAGAAGCCUCUGUUCCUGUACAUAGCUCUGCAGGCGGUUCACGCGCCAUUACAGGUUCCUGAGCGCUACACCAAACCUUAUAGCUUUAUUAAAGACACUUCACGCAGGAAUUAUUCAGGAAUGGUGUCUGCUAUGGAUGAAUCCGUAGGGAAUAUCACUAGGGCACUACAGGAUGCAGGCAUUUGGAACAACACCAUCCUCAUCUUCUCUACAGACAACGGGGGUCAGACGAUGUUUGGGGGGAGUAAUUGGCCCUUGCGUGGCAGAAAGUGGUCUCUCUGGGAGGGAGGAGUCAAGGGUGUGGCCUUCGUCACUGGACCACUGGUGGAGCAGCCGGGUACUGUGAGCCGAGAACUUAUACAUGUCUCUGACUGGCUGCCCACAAUAGUGGGUGUUGCUGGAGGAUCAACCAACGGGACAAAGCCGUUAGAUGGUUUUAAUGUGUGGGACACUAUCAGCAAAGGAAAAGCCUCUCCAAGACAGGAAUUGUUACACAACAUCGAUCCGCUUUACGUUGAUGUCGCUCCAUGUCCAGGAAAUGCUUUAGGAUCUGAAAAGGAAAUGCUCGACUCCCUAAUGAAGGACUCGUUAAGGAGAAACUCGUUAAGAACAGGGUCUGUCUCUGUGCCACACUUUAAUAUCUCCAUGCAUGCUGCUAUUCGCUUCAAGAAUUGGAAGCUUCUGACCGGAUAUCCUGGUUGUCCUGUGUGGUUCCCUCGUCCAGGUGAGAAGGAAGGUGGAGUCACAGAUGAAACGCCUCCCCUUAAGCAGGUGAUGCUGUUUGACAUCGACGCUGAUCCUCAAGAGAGAAAUGAAAUUUCCCAUCAGCGCCCAGAAAUUGUGAACUUCCUGCUAAGGCGGUUAGAACAACUGCAGAAGGGGGCAAAGCCUAUCAACUUUCCCCCUGAUGACCCCCGCUGUGACCCCCAACAGACUGGCGCCUGGGGGCCAUGGCAGUGAUCUUUGACUGCAAUUAAUUUUUCAUAAAAUAAUAAUAGUAAUAACAACAACAAUAAUAAUAAUAAUAAUAAUAAUAAUAAUAAUAAUAAUUUAUUAUUACUAUUAUUAUUAUUAUUUUAUGAAAACAUAAUUCAAAUAAAAUAAAUAUGUAUUAAGGCAACACCAAAUAAAAGUCAUUAAAUCUGUGAUGAUUCAUAUAGAUAAAGAAUUGUGACCAAUUUAAAGGUAGGGAGGGCCUGCGUUGUUUGAAUGUCCAUAUUGACAAGACACGCCCCUUUCUGCUCAUUGGCUACAUGUUAUUUUUGUUUUUGUUUUGUUUGGGGGCCCAACGCAGUUUUCUGAAACAUUUCUCAAACAACGGAGACCCCACCUUUAAUGAUGAUAAUUUAUGAAGAUAAGUGGGGUUAUGGAAGCGAUAAGUGAGGAUAGCGAGAAAGAAAACUAAAUGAUAAGUCGUAUCUCUAAAUUAUUCUUGUCAUGUUUCAUCAGAAUGAUUAUAAUGAUUCAUUUAGAGGAAAUCUGAGUCAAUAAGGAGUCAUCUAUCCAUAUUGGAUGAGGUGAGAAGGAUUUCUUUAGUUGAUCUGUAGGAAAACAGACUUUACUGUACUGAGGUAAAUGUAUCAUGCUUUUGCUCUGCUAUAAUUACAAAGAGUGCAAUUACACUUGAAGAUUUGUAUUACUCUGAUACAUUUACAUGGUUUAUUAAUUUGGUUCAAUACAUUUUAAGAUUAACAUUUUAGACAUAUGACAUUAUAAACGUUAACUAGAAUUUACACUGCAGUAACAAUCAUUAUAUUAUUAUGUUAAUAUUAUUAAUGUGCUUCACUUCGAGUCCACAGCUAUAUAGUGCACAAAAAGAGAACUUUUUUAAAGCAUAUAUUAAAGGUAUUUAUUUUUUUUUAAAUAUAAAAAUUCAUAGUAUGGCACUCAGACACAAUUUUAACCUUUUAACAUUUUCUAUGGCUUUAUUAUGAUAUAAUAAUAAUGUAAUGAAUAGCAUUUAUUCAAAUUUAACUGAUUAAAGAAAUAUAGGCUUGUCUAA